AUGGAGCUGAUGCCGCGCGGCGACCUGAAACGCGUGCUGCAGGCGGCGCGGCGCGUGGCGCCCCGCGCGCGCCCACAGCCGCGCCACCUGCUGGCCGCCGCCGCGCAGGUGGCCGACGGCAUGGCCUUCCUCGAGGCGCACAAGUUCGUGCACCGCGACCUCGCCGCCCGCAACUGCAUGGUGGCGCGCGACGGCGUCGUCAAGGUGGGCGACUUCGGGAUGGCGCGCGACGUGUACGAGACGGACUACUACCGCGCGGGCGCGCGCGGGCUGCUGCCGGUGCGGUGGAUGGCGCCGGAGAGCCUGGCGGACGGCGUGUUCUCGGCGCGGUCGGACGCGUGGGCGUUCGGCGUGGUGGUGUGGGAGGCGGCGGCGCUGGCGCAGCAGCCGUACCAGGGGCUGGCCAACGAGCAGGUGCUGGACGUGGUGCUGCAGGGCGGCGUGCUGGCCCCGCCCGCCGGUUGCCCCGCCGCGCUCGCGCGCCUCAUGGCCAUCUGCUGGUGCUGGCGCCCGGCCGACCGCCCGCCCUUCCUGCGCCUGGUGCGCCUCAUCGAGGACGAGGCUCUCGCCCUGCCGCCCGACCCCGCGCCCCGCGACCAG